AUGAUUUGAUUUACGGAUUUAUCUAGAACUCAAUUUAACUGCGUUGGAUUCACUUUUUGCCUGUGUCAGUUUUGUCUACUUAUCCAAACUUGAAGAUGAUCCUAGAUAAAUUUAAUGAUGCUAGUUUAUUUUAUGAUCGAAAAGAACGUGAAUUUUCUUGGUUCUGGUCAGGCGCUCCCUGCUUGCGGGCCGGUUCCGCAUCCAUGCAGGCGGCUCCCCCGGCAAGGUCGCGCGCGGUUCGGCUCGAGGCGAAGGAAGCACGUGCAGCCUGGCGAAGGACGAAAAGGUCACGCUGUUCUUUCCGUUCACAAGGCAGGACAAGCGCGAGGCAAAACUGUUUCCUUUGGAAUGCCGACGCUUCUUUAGUUUUAGACUCCGUUGCCCUCAAUUCAGACAGUCCUGGAGCUAGCUACUAGUCUACUGUCCAUAGUCCACACUUCGUAGCCCAGAUGAGGUACGGUACGAACUCCACGUCCUAUGACAUGCGGUUGUUUUGCGACAGCCGCCCUGUGUCUCCCUGGUGAUGUGGCGCCGUAUUCAGGAACUGACGUCAUGUUACACGCAAGCGCACACGUGACCUGCUGUGCUCGAGCCACCUGUAGAGACGGUACGCGGUGACGGGAAGAGGAGCUGGUGUUGAUGCUCGCGGCGGGGAAUCGACCAGGCACCAGUAAAUCAUCUUUAAUUAUCGGUUCCAUUUCUCCUGCCCCAUCAGCCGUGGGAAGAGAACAGCUGUAACUAUGUGUUGUGUGACCAUGAGGUGACAGCCGCUGCAUCCCUACUGAACACAUGGCAAGAAUCAGUUUCUCUUGCCUGCUGCCCGCAUCCUGGCACUUCAGUGUGCCGCUGGGUUCGCUGGGCUGCGUGCCACGCCAGCGCAUUUUCUACCUGCUCUUCAUUGCCUGCUGCAUGCUGCUGCUGCUGGCCCUGUACCAGACGGACCGCUGGCACCCGACUCGGCGGGCAGGAAAUCUGAACAAGUACCUUCCAAUGAUGGAGAACAUGGAGGCAACUGACGUGAAGAACCCCGAGCUGAACUAUGGCAUUGUGGUGGACUGUGGAAGCAGUGGAUCACGAGUUUUUGUGUACUAUUGGCCACCUCAUAACGGGAACCCCCACUCACUGCUGGAUAUUCGGCAGAUGCGGGACCACGAUCGUGCCCCCGUGGUCAAGAAGAUCAAACCAGGCAUCUCCACAUUAGCCCUGACCCCUGAGAAAGCCAGUGAGUACCUGCAGCCUCUGUUGAGCCAUGCUGCCGCCCACAUCCCCAGGGAGAAGCACAAGGAGACGCCCUUGUACAUCCUCUGCACGGCUGGCAUGAGGCUGCUGCCAGAAAGUCAGCAGACAGCAAUCUUGGAGGAUCUGACGAGAGAUGUUCCUUUGGAGUUCGACUUCUUGUUCUCGAGCUCCCAGGCCGAAGUGAUCUCUGGGAAACAAGAAGGAGUUUAUGCAUGGAUUGGCAUUAACUUUGUCCUUGGCCGCUUCGACCAUGCAGAUGAGGACGAAGAUGCUGUUGUCGAAGUUACCACUGGUGUUCAAAACCAGGAGUCAAUCAGCCGCAGGCGUACAGUAGGCAUCAUUGACAUGGGAGGAGCCUCGCUGCAGAUAGCCUAUGAAGUGCCCAGCGCCAUUGCUUUCAGCUCACCUGAACAGGAAGAGGCAGCCAAGAGCCUAUUGGCAGAGUUCAACCUGGGCUGCGACAGGGACCACACGCAGCACGUGUAUCGGGUCUACGUCACAACCUUCCUGGGCUUUGGAGGCAACAUGGCACGGCAGCGGUACGAGGAUGAUGUAGUCAACAGCACACUGGCGAGGAAUGGGGUGAUGGGGGACCAGACAGGCAUGACUCCAUCCGCCCCUUACUUGGACGCUUGCCUGCCUGCCGGCCUCUCUGAUACCAUCAAACGCAACAGGCAGGAGGUCUUCCUGCGGGGGCAGGGUGACUGGCAUCGGUGCCAGGAGGCAGUGAAACCCCUGCUUGGCACCCCCAACAACACAACAUCACUAAAGGGGGCAUACCAGGCACCCAUCGACUACCACAACAGCGAGUUCUACGGCUUCUCUGAGUUCUACUACUGCACCGAGGACGUGCUGCGCAUCAGUGGCCAGUACAGCAGCACCCACUUUGCCAAGGCUGCCACAGAUUAUUGCGCCACCAAGUGGUCAACGUUAAAACAGCGACUGGAUAGUAAACUCUUCUCCAUGCAAGCGGACAUCUCCAGAUUAAAAUACCAGUGCUUCAAGUCAGCCUGGAUGUACGAGGUUCUGCACUCUGGCUUCCGGUUCCCCGAGGACUAUGGCAGCCUGAAGACUGCACAGCUGGUGUAUGAUAAAGAGGUGCAGUGGACACUGGGGGCCAUGCUCUUCAAGACGCGCUUCCUCCCACUCAGGGACCUCCAGCAAGAGGCACUGCGACCUGCCCAUCCCAGCUGGCCGCGAAUCGCCUUCGUCUACAACCACUACCUGUUCUUCGCCUGCAUCCUGGUGGUCUUGCUAGCCAUCCUGUUGUACAUCUUGCGCCUGCAGCGCAUCCACCAGAGGGAGCAGCGCCAGGCUGAGGCCCUAGACCUGUUGUGGGCUGAGGAGGGGGAGGCGCUCGUGGGCGUCUGACACCCUGCACAGCUGUAAAGCGGGGGGCGGUGCGUGAGGCAGAGGAUUAUUUUGCUAAUAGCCAGCAUCGCGUUUUCCUCGUUAGAAGGACUUGUUUGGUGGAAAGGUGCCAUCUAAGAGAACCUUGGUGUUCAAGAACUUGCCAGUACACAUUUUCAUACCCUCAGGGGGUCAUGGACACUGAGACCCAAUGCGAUGGGGUAGGGAAAGUGACAUUCCUUUUAAUUCAUCAGAACUCAGGGAGACCUUGUUUGUAUUUUACUUUUCUGGCUUUCCUCCACUCAGAAUUGUCCUCACUGUGCUGUGUUGCAAUGUCUUGACUGCAGGGUGUCCUCGAGAAGACACCCUGCUGCUGUGAUUGCUGUAAAUGCAGAAGCACAGUCUGCAGCUUGCACAGACUCCAUGGCCAUGUGAUUGGAAGCUGCUGAAGACAUUACCCCCCCCCCCCCCAAGAAUUGCUCAGCUGAUGGUCAGUGUGAACUCUGUCCCUGUCAAUACAGGAACAUGUCAGUGUGAGUUUAUGUAGUUAUAGUUUGUCCAACAUUCUCACACUUCUGUAAAGAUGAGCCAUAUGGAGUCCAGUAUUUUUUUGUGUAUAUUUGUGUUGUGAUCAUGCCUAAUUUAACAGUACCAAUAAAAAUUUUAGCACUUAAAGUUGCGCAGUGUGACACAGAUAAGAAGCCACAUGUGCGUAAGAUUGGGUUGAAACAGCUGUUGAAGGCAGGCAAGUGGACCCUGCUCCUGUCAGUCAGGUUGAUUUACACUAGCCCAUACCUGUUACCGUGGAGAUGGUUAUUAGCACCAUGAAAGUGGUCCUCCUGUGUGCUGGCUGAUUAGCACCCACCACUGGCUCCUGGAGGCCCUUUCUUAUGCUGGGCUCUGUGGGGAAAUUGAGCUGUGAAAGUGUGACAUUCCUUAAGUUUAUCAGUGUUGCUGUGGAGCUGUUUAAUACUCAUUAUGGAAUGAGUAGUGUUAAGGGACUGUUGUGCCCCCCCCAAAGUCUUAAUGUAAGACUCCUUCUGCUGGUACUGUUCUCCCCCCCCAACCCAACCCUUGCUGCUCCAGCUUCUGGAGUUUAAAUAUGAUUUGAUCAGUGAUGGGAGUUUAGGGAACAUGAAUGAAGUUGGAAAUUGUACAGUCUACAUGAUUUCUGCAACUGCAUUGAAUUGUGGGGAUCAAAGUUUUAUUAAAAGUUGUUCUUUUCUUAAAAUGGCUUAAUAUUUCCUAUCAGUGGAAGAUAAAGACAAGUAUAGUACUUUGCAUUCCAGAAACGUUCUAGUCAAGUCAGCUGAUUACUCCCACUGAAAGCUUUGCAUCUCUACAUGAUCAGGGCAACUUUUGAAUAAACUUCAGUUGAAGAUCAUUUCACUUUAGUUUUACCUGUAUUUCCAUCUAAUAUCAGCAACCGCUUGUCCAGUGGAGGGUCAUGGUUUUCCAGAGUCUAUCCAAAAACGCCCACAGACUGAACUACAUUCAAAUCCAUGGCCGAGGACUGUCAACCACCACUGCUAUCGGCU